CCGACCUGGUCCCGCUCCCUCCACCUAACCCCAACGCGUGGCAGGACUCUCAGCCGGCGCCUGAAGCCGCUCUCCGGGCAGGUCAGGUGCAGCCAACAUGGGUGAGCCCCAGGGGUCCAUGCGGAUCCUAGUGACUGGGGGCUCUGGGCUGGUGGGCAGAGCCAUCCAGAAGGUGGUAGCAGAUGGGGCCAGGCUGCCCGGAGAGGACUGGGUGUUUGUUUCUUCCAAGGAUGCUGAUCUUACGGAUGCUGCACAGACCCGAGCGCUGUUUGAAAAAGUCCGGCCCACACAUGUCAUCCAUCUUGCUGCAAUGGUGGGGGGCCUGUUCCGGAAUAUCAAAUACAAUUUGGACUUCUGGCGGAAAAACAUACACAUCAACGACAACGUGCUGCACUCGGCCUUCGAGGUGGGGGCGCGAAAGGUGGUCUCCUGCCUGUCUACCUGCAUCUUCCCCGACAAGACCAGCUACCCUAUCGAUGAGACCAUGAUUCACAACGGACCCCCGCACAGCAGCAAUUUUGGCUACUCUUACGCCAAGAGGAUGAUCGACGUGCAGAACAGGGCUUACUUCCAGCAGCACGGCUGCACCUUCACCGCUGUCAUCCCCACCAAUGUCUUUGGGCCCCAUGACAACUUCAGCAUCGAGGACGGCCACGUGCUGCCUGGCCUCAUCCACAAGGUGCAUCUGGCCAAGAGUCGCGGCUCAGCCUUGACAGUGUGGGGCACAGGGAGGCCUCGGAGGCAGUUCAUCUACUCACUGGACCUGGCCCGGCUCUUUAUCUGGGUCCUGCGGGAGUACGAUGAGGUGGAGCCCAUCAUCCUGUCAGUGGGUGAGGAGGAUGAGGUGUCCAUCCAGGAGGUGGCUGAGGCCGUGGUGGAGGCCAUGGACUUCCAUGGGGAGGUCACCUUUGAUACAACCAAGUCGGAUGGGCAGUUUAAGAAGACGGCCAGUAAUGGCAAGCUGCGGGCCUACCUGCCCGACUUCCGGUUCACGCCCUUCAAGCAGGCCGUGCAGGAGACCUGUGCCUGGUUCACUGACCACUACGAGCAGGCCCGGAAGUGAAGUGUGCGGCGGGAGCGGGUGCCACCCUCUCCCCGGCGCUCAGCCAGCAGAGCCCAGCGGCGGCCACUCAGAACCUGCCGAGGCUGAGGGCACUGCCCUCGUGGCGGCCGGCCCCUGCCCCACGCCCUCUGCCGGGGCAGACCUGGCUGACUAUCCGGUGAGGCCACUGUUCACACCGUCCUCAGGGAAGCCAAGGCCUGGCCAGGCCCAGCACCCUGCUCCCCGACGCCAGUCGCAGAGCAUGUACACUUCUGAUCCCUGGGAGCCAAUAAAGUGCGUUUCCACAGGC